CUGAGCCACUUCUUCAUCGCUGCCAGCCCUCCUCCUCCUCCUCCUCCUGCCGCAUGGCUGCCACGCGGUGGUGGGAGCUGUGAGCAGUGCAGAGAGAUGAGUCCGGAGGUGGGGGGGAUGGGUUCUGUGGUUGUGGGGGUCUGAGGGGUCAGGGCAGUGGGGGGCUCAGCGCGGUGCUUCUGCCCAGGUCCGGUAUGCAGGGGGGGCUUGUGGAGUGCUGCUGGGGGAAUCCUGGCUGCAGUGGGCAGUGCCUUUUCUCUAGCCCAGUGCCGUGGCUGUCGCUGGCGCAGGACGUGCCUAGCUGCACAUGACAAGGAGACGUUCUGGCACCUCCGGUACCGGCUGCAUCCCCACCGCCCUUUCCUGUAUCCUGCUGGAGCUGCGAAGCACAGAGCUGGGUAAGUCGCGCUGCUGCUCCCUGCCGUAGCCCCGGCCUUGCCACGUGCAGGACGGGGCAGGGAGAAUGGGAUGGGCUGAGCCCCCGACCCCAUCCCCACACCCAGGAGAACCGCAGCUCUGAGCCCAGCAACGUAGGGACCGCCCAGCUCUGUGCUCUCCAGUUGCCUGCAAGAACUGGCGUUGGGGCCCCGUCCCGGCCCUGCAUGGCUGCCAGGUACUGCCCUGUCACCAUCUGGGCUGUGUUUGGCACCCACGGGCGCAGGGUUCCCCUGAGCUCGGUCUCUUGUGGGAACUCCCCCAUCCUCCAGACCCCUCACCACUGGUGAGGUGGGGGGAUGUGGGCAGGUGGAGGCUGGCAUGCGCCCAGCCCCUCUGCAGGCACCUGCACAGCCCGAACUACGGUGUUUGCCCUCACCCUGCCAGGGACUGGGUGAGCCUGCUCACUCCCAGGGGAUAAACAUUCCAGCCCUGAUUCCCGGGUGUUGCACACGGCUGCCAACUGCAAAUCUAUCCACGUCCACGCAGCCCCGUAGGCUGCUUGCAGCUGGGGCAGGCGGUGCCAGGUGGAACACAGGGAGCUGGAUGGGGCACAGCGUGCUGGGAGGGACACGGGGUGCCGGGUGGGACAUGGGGUGCUGGGUAGGGGCUGAGCGGUGUGGCACCCCCGAGCAGGGAUGGUUUGCAGGCUGCUUAGGUGCUGGGCGAGCACAGCCUGCUGGUGUUGCUGUCGAGUGCUGCCCUGUUCCCUUCCUUGCCACUUCUGGGGCUGAGUGUGCUGGUAAAGGCUGGUGCCCCCGAGCAGUGCCUCCCAGACAGGGCAGUAGUGCAUCUGAGACGCCCCCUAUGCCCGGCCCUGGGGCGCCUGCCCUGUGCCGGGCCCCGGCCCUGUGCUGGGCACGCGGUGUCCGUUCCGGGACCCUCGCUGCCCGCCCCCCAGCCAGCAGCCCAGGGGUUAAGGUGACGAGCAGCGGUUCAGGUUACUUCCCCUGGAGUUCGGGGAGGAAACUUUCCUCCCGCUGCCUCCCGAGCUAACGGGGCAGCGGCAGCGGGGCGGCGAGCGACGGUCGGCGCACCGACGGGAGUCCCGGGAGCCGCGUUUCGCCGCGGCUGAGCGCGGGGCGCCUCGCCAUGGCAGCCGGCUUCUUCAUCAGCAAGAGCGUGGGCAUCGUGGGCAUCGUGCUGGCGCUGGGUGCCGUGGCCACCAUCAUCGCGCUGUCUGUGGUGUAUGCACAGGAGAAGAACAGGUCGUCAGGAGGCAGCAGCAGCACCGACACCACCACCACCACCGCCGCCAGCACCACCACUGCCCCCAACAACCCCUGGAACCGCUGGCGGCUGCCGACGGCGCUGAAGCCCGAGAGCUACGAGGUGACGCUGCAGCCUUUCCUGACGCCCGAUGUCAACAGCAUGUACAUCUUUAGGGGCAACAGCAGCGUGGUCUUCAUCUGCGAGGAAGCCACCGACCUCAUCCUGAUCCACAGCAACAAGCUGAACUACACGCUGCAGGGCAACUUCCUCGCCUCGCUGCAUGCGGUGGACGGCCCCGCACCGCCCGCCAUCACCAACACGUGGCUGGAGACCAACACGCAGUACCUGGUGGUGCAGCUGGCUGGGCCGCUGCAGCAGGGCCAGCGCUACCGCCUCUUCAGCAGCUUCAUCGGGGAGCUGGCCGACGAUCUGGCUGGAUUCUACCGCAGCGAGUACACUGAGGGCAACGUCACCAAGGUGGUGGCCACUACGCAGAUGCAGGCCCCUGAUGCGAGAAAAGCCUUCCCCUGCUUUGACGAGCCAGCCAUGAAGGCCGUCUUCACGGUGACGAUGAUCCACCCCUCCGAUCACAAGGCCAUCUCCAACAUGCCUGCCAACAACACCUACCAGCUGGAGAUGGAUGGGCAGAGCUGGAACGUCACCCAGUUCAACCCCACGCCCAAGAUGUCCACCUACCUGCUGGCCUUCAUCGUCAGCCAGUUUGACUACGUAGAAAACAACACUGGAGAGGUGCAGAUCCGCAUCUGGGGCCGCCCCACAGCCAUUGCUGAAGGGCAGGGCGAAUACGCACUCCAGAAGACCGGACCCAUCCUCAGCUUCUUUGAGAGACACUACAACACGGCAUACCCACUGCCCAAGUCCGAUCAGGUCGGCCUGCCCGACUUCAACGCGGGCGCAAUGGAGAACUGGGGACUGGUCACCUACCGGGAGAACUCGCUGCUCUAUGACAACGCCUACUCCUCCAUUGGCAACAAGGAAAGAGUGGUGACCGUCAUCGCCCACGAGCUGGCCCAUCAGUGGUUUGGGAACCUGGUGACGCUGCGGUGGUGGAAUGACCUGUGGUUGAACGAGGGCUUUGCCUCCUACGUGGAGUACCUGGGCGCAGACUCAGCAGAGCCCACCUGGAACAUUAAAGACCUGAUGGUGCUGAAUGAAUUGUACACGGUGAUGGCAACCGAUGCCCUGACCACCUCCCACCCGCUCACCUUCAGCGAAGAUGAGAUCAACACCCCAGCACAGAUCAGCGAGGUCUUUGACAGCAUCGCCUACAGCAAGGGAGCGUCGGUGCUGCGGAUGCUCUCUGACUUCCUCACUGAAGACGUGUUCAAGGAGGGGCUGCAGUCCUACCUCCACACCUUUGCCUAUGGAAACACCGUGUACACAGACCUGUGGGAGCACUUGCAGGAGGCUGUCGACAAGAACAACGUGCCUCUGCCCAACUCCAUCAGUGCCAUCAUGGACCGCUGGACGCUGCAGAUGGGUUUCCCCGUGGUGACUGUCAACACACUCACCGGCAGCAUCAAGCAGAGCCACUUCCUUCUGGACUCCAACUCCACAGUGGAGAGACCUUCUGUGUUCAACUACACUUGGAUUGUCCCCAUCACCUGGAUGACGCCUAUCAGAACUGGGGACAGGUAUUGGCUGGUGGAUGUCUCAGACACCAACAGCAACUUCAGUGUGGGCAGCUCCACCUGGCUCCUGCUGAACCUCAACGUCAGCGGCUACUUCCGUGUCAACUACAACCAGGAGAACUGGGAUCAGCUCCUGCAGCAGCUCUCCAACGACCACCAGGUCAUCCCCGUCAUCAACCGGGCGCAGAUCAUCGAUGACGCCUUCAACCUGGCCAGGGCACAGCAAGUCAGCGUGACGUUGGCACUGAAUACCACGCGCUUCCUGAGCGGGGAGACAGCGUACAUGCCUUGGCAGGCAGCACUCAACAACCUGCAGUACUUCCAGCUGAUGUUCGACCGCAGCGAAGUGUUCGGGCCCAUGACGAAAUACAUCCAGAAGCAAGUGACGCCACUCUUUGAGUAUUACAAGAAUGUCACCAACAACUGGACAACCAUCCCCAUCAACCUGAUGGAUCAAUACAACGAGAUCAAUGCCAUCAGCACAGCCUGUUCCUAUGGCAUCGCUGAGUGCCAGCAGCUGGCCACCGCGCUCUUCCAGCAGUGGAAGCAGAACGUCAGCAACAACCCCAUCGCCCCGAAUCUGCGCUCCGCCAUCUACUGCAGCGCUGUGGCCACGGGCGGUGAGGAGGUGUGGGACUUCAUUUGGGAGCGCUUCCUCGAGGCUCCUGUGGUGUCCGAGGCCGACAAGCUGCGCACGGCCCUGACCUGCAGCACUGAGACCUGGAUCCUCCAGCGGUACCUGCAGUACACCAUUGACCCCACCAAGAUCCGCAGGCAGGAUGCCACCUCCACCAUCAACAGCAUCGCCAGCAACGUGGUGGGGCAGCCGCUGGCCUGGGACUUCAUCCGAGGCAACUGGAGGACACUUUUUGGCCAGUACGGCGGCGGCUCCUUCUCGUUCUCCCGGCUGAUUUCAGCCGUCACCCAACGCUUCAACACGGAGUUUGAGCUGCAGCAGCUGGAGCAGUUCAAGGCAGACAACCAGGACAUCGGCUUCGGCUCGGGGACGCGCGCCCUGGAGCAGGCGCUGGAGCGGACGAGGACCAACAUCAACUGGGUGAAGGAGAACAAGGAGGUCGUGCUCGCCUGGUUCCGCGCCGAGACCGCCUCCAGCUGAGCCUGCUCUGCGCACCGCCGCGCCGCGGGGCUCCGCUGCCGCUCCCCGCAGCCGGUCCGACCGCUCGCCCGCUCCGUCCCCGUCCCGCGCCCACCCCGGAGCGCUGCCGCCCGGCCCGGCCCGGCCGAGCCCUUCGCUGCUCGUGACGGGAAGCGUCCGGCGCCUGGAUGAUGGGCGGGGGGGCACGGGGCCGGGCACAGCGAGGGCUCGUGCCAGACGUGGGGUCUUGUAAAUAAAGAGG